GUCCAGGUAUUCAAGUUCAGCCCGCGCGGCGGGGACGGUACGCCGCAGCUCACCCUCGGCACAAAGUUCGAGCCCGGCUCGGACGACUAUCACUUCUGCAAGCCCACCUCAGUCGCUGUGAUGCGCGACGGCUCGUUCUUCGUGGCUGACGGCUACUGUAACACGCGCAUCCUCAAGUUUGGUCCCGGCGGCGGCCGGCCAGUGCGCACCGUCGGCCGGGCAUCAAGUACGUUCGCUAUUUUUGGCUCACUGCUCGGCCGUCCGCCGGCGCUGGACGAGUUCAACAUCCCUCACUCACUGGCACUCCUCGAGGACCGCAACAUGAUCUGUACGGCGGACAGAGAGAACAGACGCGUCGUCUGUUUCCGCGCCUCCGACCUCAGCGCUACGGAUGUUACCAUCAACUGGCAGCGCUCGAGGAUCUACGGCCUGGCGUAUUCGCCGCGCGAUGGAGGUGCCCUCUUUGUUGUCAACGGGCCCAACUAUGCCGGCAAUAAGGUUCAGGGUUACGUGGUGAGCGUGACGUCCAAGAGUGUGACGUCCACGUUCAGUCCGGACGGUAACGGCCUCUCGAACCCGCACGAUGUGGCCGUGUCUCGGGACGGCUCGGCCGUCUAUGUGGUCGAGCUGAACCCGCGCAAGGUGUGGCGCUUCAACGUCGACGGUCCCCACACCGCUCAGAAGAAGUCGAACGUGCAGACGAGCGCAGCGGCUGGCGUAGCGGGAGGUGUUCAAGACCCCACGGUGGAGUUUGUCAAGUCUCCGGACGCUGCUGGCGACGACUCGGCGGCGCCGUCCCUCUCCGGGCACGCUAAGCUGGCGAUGGCAGCCCUGUUCGGAGUCCCUGUGGUGCUGUUUGUGGUCAUCAUGGCCGUGCUGCGACUCAGGAAGAGAAACCAGCGGCGGCGGUUCUUCCUGCAUAACCUGAACGACGGCCCCGGCCACCGCAAAACCCUCGACUCGCUGCUAGGAACAAAGUCUCGCCAGGGCUUCGAGCCGCUCGCUACCCAGGAUCUAGACGACGACUCAGAUAGUGAUGUAGAGGAGUUCAUCGCUAAGAUCAAGUCGCGCACCUGAGAGGCGAGUGAGGACGAUCCGUGAUUGGACAGUCCUGGGAGGGGUAAGUGAGGUAGGAGAAUUGAGGCGGGUUUCGCGGUGGACAGGACCGCUCAGUGAUGAAGUGACGCGGUGUGGAUGCCGGACAGUGAGAGGUGGUGAUGUGUCUCGCGGACUGCCUGUUGACGGUAUGGUGACUGUACGGCAGUUUUGGCACUGAACCGCAGUGCCGAAGGAUGGUGGUUGUGACGAAUGUUGCGAAACCACGGCACUGAAUUGCAGCACAGUGGUGACAGUGAGGAUGGUUAGUGCAGUGGACUAAAGCACAGACUGUGGUGACAGGAUGGUGAUUGUGACGAAUGAUGCGGAACUUCUGAACUGGGUCCAGUGCAGUGGUGACAGGUGGUUGUGAUGAAUGGUGCGGAACCACUGGACAGGACGACUGGAGUGAUGUGGCAAAGUGGCCAUAUGAUGAACUCACUGCGCUGCAGUGGCUGGCUGGAAUCUGCUGCUCCCAGCGCAUGGAACCUGCCCUCGCCGGCAAAUGAAAAUUGCUCUUGCCAGGGUAUGGAACCUAUCCAUGCCAAUGCAUGAGAUCUGAUAAGUCCAUGUGUCGACCGUGCCAUUCUCUACCUGGCGGCGCUGGCUGCGUCUCCCGCAGACUGAAUCUACUUACGAGUAUCCUAAGAGAACCGGUUUCGGCUGUUCUACUUGGCACUAUCAGACCGAGACGAAGACGAACACCAAACUACUUACCGGGCUUACGGGGCUGUUUCAUAGACAUGAUCUGUCGUGAUGCUUCUUCGUUUUGUAUGACUGUUUUUCAUACUCCUUGCUUUUACAUUCCUUGAUGGUCGUGCAGUCUCGUGUAGACAACUGUCACAAAUUUUACCUGAAGCCGUUUACCAACUCCUAGAUUAGCAUCUUUUGACUUCGCUGCCAUAUAUUCCCACACUACUUAACCAUACCUAGAAUGCCCCGUAUGGCUGCAUCCAUGACCAGCCGCCAAACUGCGACGAACGGUGGCUGCGGGUGCGAGAAAGAGCGGUCAGCCGCGCCGUCUCAUUCUGUGGCCUGUGGUCACCAAAUGCGGUCGAUAACUGACCGUGAAUGCGAUUCGGUCGCGCUCUCAUUGCUGCACACUAGGAACAGUGACGGCUAGGUUAGAGGCGAGGGUCAUACAGACCGGUGCACUUACCGGAGACUGUAUAUAGGGCCUUGCCGGAGACCGGUCUAUGCCUUCCUGUUCUCCGCUGGAUCUGUGAAUUUUAACCCCGUUCGUAGACAGGGCUGUCUGUGUGUCUGCCCGUCUGCCUGUUCGUCUGUCCAUGUGUUUGGGUAGAUGUUCGUCGAGUUUCUCCCCGGCUACCUUAUUUGGCGUCGUUCGCCGCUCGCUCUGAAUCUUUCCAUAAUAGGCGAUGGUGUUUAGUUUCGCUGUUUUUCAGUUGGAUGUAAGAUAUUGUGGCGACACUGGUAUUUUACCCCGUUCGCUGAUAGACUGUGACCUUGAAGGAGUAGGGAUCUAGGCGGCUAGCAAGUGUUGUCGAAGCCUUUUUUGCUUUUAUCAGCACAAUUCUGAUGGUGCUGAUUUGGAAGGCAUUCAUACCUAGACACGGGGUUGUUGGCUGGAAUUGUACUAUUUUAUUCAUUGGUUUUGGUAUAUUUUAUUUUAAUAUAUUUAAAUAUGCGUUAUUAGUGAACGAUAACGUGAAUAAAUGUGAAUCUUUCUA